AUAAUUGAUGUUAUAUUUAUGAACUGCGGUAAUUUAAUAUUAUUUAUUUUUCUGAUAAUGGUAUGUAUCCUUCCAUUUGUCCUUUGUUUUUCAAGAGUACAAAGAGGUAGCACCCCCAAAAAACCAAGUCCUACUAAAUCAAUUUGUUCUUCCUGAAAAUCCAAUUUAAUCUCCUCUAAAAGGCAAUUAAUAACAAGUGUUGUUUCUUUACCAAAAAAACUAUGCACUAUUCACUGCAUGUAAGAUAAAAUCAUAUCCAAGCAGCUGUUUCUUCAUAUCCAAUUUUAAGACCAAAAAAAAAACUUCUUAGGAUAUUACACAAAAAUAUCCAUUAAAUGACCAAAACUUCUUCAUCAAAUCUACAAAACCAAGCAAGACCAUCCCCAUUACAGGUACAUCAAGAAACCUCUUCAGAGACAAUAAUGCAACCUUCGACAUCGAUUUCGAGAGAUCUAAAUGAUCAGAAGUCUAACACAGAUGGGUUGCAACAUAAGGUUGAUGAGAUGGGUUCAAAGGAUCAUGUAUGUAUAAUAGACGUAAGAAAUGAGGAAGAAAAAGAAAAAGAAAAUAAAAAUGAUGAGAAAGUAUGCAGAAUAUGUCAAUUGUUGAGCACUGAUCAUCUGCCUGCGGGUGCAGGGAAUGUUAAUCUGGUAUUCCUUGGUUGUGCUUGUAGAGGUGAACUUGGUAUCUCGCAUUACCAUUGUGCUCUUGUUUGGUUUCAGCAGAAGGGAAACAGGACUUGUGAGAUAUGUGGUAAACCAGCAAAGAAUGUAGCAGGGAUAGAGGAUACAGGAUUUCGAGCCUACGGUACAGAUAUUGGCAUCAUUACGACAGAAAUUGCAAUGAGCCAUGGUUCAUAUCCGACAGACCACCGAUGCAGCACGUCCUUGUCUAGAUUCUUACUAGUAGCCGUGGUGCUAGCGUUUGUCCUGCCAUGGGCCAUUCGCCCUAGCAGAAUAUUAUGACAAAAACUACCUUUCAUUUAAUAUUUUAUCGAGUAUUGGUCUGAACGAUUCAAUUAUCGUUUUUUUGGUACUACGAUUGUAUAGUUUGUGACUAUGUGUGAGUGAUUGAUCCAGGAGAGCCUGAGAGAAGAGUAUUACAGGUAUAUCAACAUGGACAUGGGGCACGGAUAUGGACCUUGCUUAGCACAACCGCCAACACAGCAUGCCCUAGCCUGUUGCCACAUAAUUGGUAUUAGGUAGUGAUUUUUAUAUCAAGUAGGCUGUUUCAGUAUAUUCUUUAUUCAUCUGGCUCAUGAAAUUACUCGUGGCUGAAAGCCUGAAAUCAUGUAUAUAAUGCAGUAUAUUAGUACCUAUGACUUUAUACAAGUUUAAUGUCAUGGUUACCUUCAACUCUUCA